ACCGUUAAAUUUUCUCCCAGCAGCGGUCGCAUAGCAUCCUGCCUGGCAGCUCCAGCGCUACCGUUAGCUAGCUAAUAAGGGAGUAGCAAGUCAUUCUCACUGAGGGAAUACUGUGUUGAUACCUCAUCUUUAUAUCAUUUUGCUGAUUAAUUCGUUUGGGAAAAAUGAAUUUGCGAUUUUUCCGUGCCAACGCGCCUCUUAGAAGACAAAAUUACCUCUGUGAAGUUCGCUUUUUCACUUCGACCUCGGUAGCUGAACGGGUUUAGCAAGUCGGUUCGUUUUGACAAGACGAGUGGCUCAUCUGUCAUUUGGACAAAGCCAGUCAAAUGUUGGGACGGUACACAAUACCCUCGGAACUCAAGCGUUUUUACACCGGGUUGUGAAAUUAAAUUAUCAAGCUGAUCAUCUGUCGUGAAAGUGCCAGGGAUAAGGGGAGGAGGGAGGUCUAUUUUUGGAGGGCGAGAGUUUGGAUCUCGCUCCGAAGGAAGGAGUAGGGGGUGUGCGGAGGAGGAAGACCCGCAGAGAGGAAGGGACGUAGGGGGGAGAAAAGCCUGAUGCCAGUGAUGGCAAACGAGCCGAUCAUCCUGAACGUCUAUGAUAUGUACUGGAUCAAUGAGUUUACCAGCACUCUGGGCAUCGGAGUCUUUCACUCAGGGAUUGAGAUCUAUGGAAGAGAGUUUGCCUAUGGCGGACACCCGUACCCAUUCUCAGGGAUCUUUGAGAUUUCACCAGGUGAUGCAACCGAACUCGGCGAGACCUUUAAGUUCAAAGAAGCCAUAGUGUUGGGCAGCACAGACUUCACAGAGGAGGAUGUGGAGCGGAUCGUGGAGGAGAUGGGGAAGGAGUACAAAGGCAACGCCUACCACCUCAUGCACAAGAACUGCAAUCACUUCUCCUCUGCACUGUCGGAGAUCCUGUGUGGCAGGGAGAUCCCCCGCUGGGUCAACCGCCUGGCCUACUUCAGCUCCUGCGUGCCAUUCCUCCAGAGCUGCCUGCCCAAAGAGUGGCUGACCCCGGCCGCCUUACAGUCCAGCGUCAGCCAGGAGCUUCACGGAGGAGGAGAGCUGGAGGAGGCCGAGGACGCCGCUGCCUCAGCCUCCCUGGCAUCCAUGUCGCCCUGCUCGCCCUCCUCCUCCAGCCCCUCCUCCUUGCCUCGUCACUCCCGCCACCAGCCCCGCCGGUAGAAGCUGCAAGGUCUCAUGGGAGACUGGGUGCUGGACUUGUGGUUACAGAGACUCCCAGCUGAUGAGUCCAGCUACAGACAAAAGCUCAGACUGUCCUCGAGCAAAGCGAUGAACUGCUUCCUGCUCUUGGUAAGAACGUCGGCUGAACUCUCCAAUGAUCCAGAGCAGUGGAAGGAUCUCGUGCUGCUGACAAAGGCAGGAUCCUCUCUCUGAACAUGGCUGACGGAGUUCCCUCAAGUCUCUUUCAUUGUUUUACCAGCCAACUCGCUGUGCAGAAUGCCGGUUGUUUACCCGUCUAAGUGUUUUAAAAUUUACCAGCCAAAUCCAGAUUUUUACCAGCAGUCUGUUGGUGGAUGGUGCUAAUCCCCUUGUUGUUGUGGAAACCAGUGAGAGGGGAUGCUGUACAGGAGUGUGGCUUAGGGUCAGUUUAUAAAGACUGACCUUUAACAACCUGGUUUUUGAUUUGAGUGAUCGUAGAUGUUGACCAUCCAACACUUGUAACGGAGUAAACUGGCACCUCCAGCUUUCAACACAUGAUUGAAAAGAUUUUUCUUGUAAAAUUACUGGAUUACCUUUUGUUACAGAAACGGUGUUAAUGUGGUGCUAUUUAGUCUUUUCAUAUUCAUGCAUCCAUCUCCUUUUUUCGGAGAAGGUAGUGGACAUUGAAGCUCUACUGUUUCGGUCUCAACAGUCGUGGGAGCUGCAUUUCGGCCCGCACCACGCCAGCUGAAGACAAACGGAUGCAAAAGUCAACUUUUUCUAGACUGGAACAUUUUGUUAUUGUUGUUUUUAAAUGACCACUAGCCGAGGGCUGGUAUAAUUUGAUAUGUGGCUGGUAAAUGUUUCCACAUGCAGCCAACAUUUUGUUAAGAUGUCCUAAAUAUUUGGCUGGUAAAGGUUUUGAAAGCAGCAGGUGGAAAUCUAAACACUUUGCCUCAACAUGCUGUGUGUGCAUCAGGACCUGUGUUAUGUUUCUGUCACAGCAGGCUGGAUACACGAGCCAGAACUACAAUCAGCCUCACGUUCCUCAAACACCGCACAGACACGACUGAUCCAGAACCAGUGUCUUAAUGCAUGGGUUCAGUUCCAGGUGUUAGGGUGCUCCACACGUCCCUUUCUUUGUUCCUUUUUUUUUUUAUGUCAAAUGUGUGUCAGCAGUUGUCGGGUAUCUGUAGCGGCUCCUAAAAUCCUACCUGUCCGUCAUGGGGAACGUGAUUUGAGAAAAUGUAACCCAGUGAAGCAGAUUCAGCCCGUUAUAUAAUCAUUCAUGAAAAAGCAACAGUUAUUUCUUUACCAAUAAAUUAUUGUUAAAACUAAAUUCUUAAUGUAGGGGUUAGGUUGCAGGCUGACGGAGAUUAGAGAAGACUUUUUGUUACCAGAAGGUUCUGGGUUUAAAAGUAGAGUGAAUUAUUUCUUAGUAGCAACUGCCAAGGUGCCUUUGAGCAAGGUACUUAACCCACAAGUGUUCCAGUGGCCAACAGUAGAAGACUGGUUGUACUGGACUGCACAGUCAGUGUGUUCAUGGUUCAAGUUUACAUGAGGGACAUGAUGGCAGCACGUGUGUGUGUGUGUGUGUGUGUGUGUGUGUGUGUGUGUGUGUGUGUGUGUGUGUGUGUGUCUUUAACUGACCUGACAUCAGCCUGCACUCCUGACAGCCAUUUUCCUCACAUCUGUGUCCAGUUAGGGAUGAUGCACAUUGGUGGGAAUUUACAGCAUCACAAAAACAUCUUAUACUUUCAUUUCAUGUGUGGAAACACUCACUGACAUCAUCGUGUACUAUGACGAGUCCUUGAACGUCUCAAUCACCUGAAAACGUAUCAUUUUACACUUUACAAGAAGAUGCUGCUCUUCACAAACGCUGAGCAGCUCAUUUAACACUCUAUAUGUGCUGUCGACAACAACACAUCUGCUGCUUGAUGUGCAUCGUCCCAAACAAGAGAGAAGGUGUUGAAAACACAUUUUUCAGUCAAUUUGAACCUCUUUUUUCUUUCUGAGGACCGGACUACACGCAGGAAAACUGUCGACUCUUUUUGUUUAUAAUCCUUUAAUGUAUUUCUAUAAUAUAUGGACUAUGGCCUUUUUUGUCUGUUUUUGUUUAUGUUUGAUAAACUCAGGACUCCAAAAGGCUUUGUAAUCUAAUCCUUUUAACUUUUUUAUCCCACAUUUUAUGUUUGCAUUGCUGGUUGCUUUUUCUAAUGCAGUAGUCACUCCAUAGAGCUUUUCAAGAGCCGUGCAAUUUUAUACUCCUCUUUGAUAAAAGAAAAAACCUUUUUGUUUACAACCUGGAUGUUUGGAUGUGAGCCUGUGCUGCUCUGUUUCCGUGUGUGUGUGUGCACACUUGUAUUAUAAAUGGUUUAGUAUCAACAAGCUGCCAACUGGGCCAAUUUCCCGACAUCACACACACACACACACACACACACAUCUGGAUUCUUUACACAUGUAGCAGUGUUUCCAAGGUAUUUUUUUUUUCAAAAUAUUGCCGUGUCCUCAAGAGAUUUCUUUUAAACAGAGUAAACUUUUUGUCCUUAAGCUAAAUUUUGAAUAUUUUCAGUAAAAAUAUUUUGGUGCCGUCGUUUCAACAACCGGUAAAAACAGUUUUCUAACAGACGAAGUCGUGUUAAAGCAAAGUCUGUGACAUUUCUCAUGAAACCAGCAUAUUUGUAAUUUGGGAGAUUCAACUCUGUGUAUUAUGAACUUCAUUCCAAAUGUUACUUUUUACGUUUUAGUAAGUCUGAAUAAGAACACAUUAAACAUGUUUAAUGCACUGACACACACAAACACACACUUUGUGCUCAUGUCGGCGCCCUCUGCUGGCUGUUAACUGUACUGUUACCCGUCUGUGGUUCUCCACACACACACACUGAGGUUUCCCUGAACCUUCACCGCUCAGAUAGUUUAAUUAUUUCUGUAUAUUGGCAAAUAAAUAAACCUCACCCUACACUAAUUUGUUCAUAUUUCAACUUUUAAAAGUACCACAAAUCAUUACAGAGGCCAAAGAUCGAUAUAACUUCACCAAUCUCCUCUUUUUAUGUUAACAGCCAUUGAAUUGUCAUCAUCACGUGUCCCAAGUUUUUAAAUGAAUGUCUCCCAUUUAGUUAUACCAUAAUAGCAAAUGUCCUAUCAAAAGAUUAUGUAUGGGACAUCUGCACAUCAUUAGUGCAAAUGUGUGAGCCAUGAAUGUAGAUUGGGAAACCUCAGUUCUUCAUACCCCAGAACAAGUGACUGCAGCUGUUUCACAGUGAACUUUCACAAAGCCUUCAGAGGAGUGGACCCGAUGUGUACCCUGUUGUAAAGUUAUUAAAGAAAAAUAUACAAUCUG